CAGAAGGGAUAGCGCGUGACGCCAGCAACCUAACGCUGUUCUCUCUCUCUCUCUCUCUCUCUCUCUCUCAGACACAGACACACUUCGUCUCUCUUUUCACACACACCUCUCAGACACACACGGCAGUGAGCAGGACGGCGCUGGACGUAUCAUUCAUAUAGGGAAUAGAUCCGAAGAAAAGGAUUAACUAUCUCCAUCCCUCUCCCUCUAAGGACCUUAUCCUCUCUUGCAUCCUCUUGUGUCUCUAAGCCUCUCUUCACCUCGUUUUUUUUCCACAAUCCCUCAUUUUUUUCCACACAAUCCCUCCUUUUUCACAAUUCAUUGGUGGGUUGAAGAGAAGCAGGGGGAUUGUCUCUAAACAGAAGGAAGGAUUAUGCUCACAUUAUUCAUUUAACCAGGAUCUUGAAUGUAUGGAUUUCUUUAACUAAGGGGAGUCAGUUUUUGUAUUUCUAAUUGUUCUGUGAGAUUUUUUUUAAAAUAUAUAUAUAUAUAUAUAUAUAUAUAUAUAUAUUGGGGGUAUUUUUGAGGAAAUGGCUAAAGGCAGAAAGCUGUGAGGCUGGUGCUGUCGGAGAUAUCUUGAAAGGUGUGUUGGUGAAGCUUUCUGCAGUCACUGCCCCAGUGGAGGCUGCAGACAUGGCGGCUUGACAGCCAAACAGCCCCGCCCCUCUGACAGAGGAAGGCUGCAGAGCUUUGUGUCAUGCCCCCCCACAUCCACCCCCCUGGGGGCACUGGCCUGCCCCCAACCAGCUCCACCACCCACAACCCAGCCAGACACGUCUUCCUCUGUGUCUUCUGCCUCCUAGCGGCCCUGCUGCCACCAGCCUCCUCCUGUCCUGCUCCAUGUCUGUGCUCCUCAGAUGGCCUCGUGGUGGACUGCGGGGGUCGGGGUCUCUCUUCACUGCCGCCCCUGCACCUCCUCCCUCAGGGGAGCCGCUCACUCCUGCUGGCUAACAACAAGCUUGCCUCACUAGGAGCCUCUGCCUUCGCUAACCUGUCCUCUCUGGAGGAGCUGGACCUCUCCAAUAACUACUUGGAUAAUUUACCAGGGGGCUUAUUCAGAGACAUGUCCAAUCUGACUAGACUAACUCUGCACAACAAUUCACUAACAGUGAUGGACAGAGAGCUUUUUCAGGGCUUGGGGGGCCUCCAGAGUCUCGAUCUGUCCUUGAAUGGUCUUUCCUCUGUUCCGCUGGGUCUACUGGAUGAGCUGCAGAGCCUCAGGUGGCUGUCUCUGGCAGGUAACAGACUUCAUGGUUUGGAGAGGGCAGCUUUCGAGCCCCUAGCCAACCUACAACAUCUGGAACUGGGACAAAAUCCCUGGGAAUGUGACUGUAACUUGCGUGAUUUCAAGCACUGGAUGGAAUGGCUACUGUACAGAGGAGGAAAGGUGGAUGCAGUGGAGUGCACGCUACCGAAGGAUCUGCGUGGGCGAGACAUCCGCGGGGUUCCAGUGGAAAUGUUCAACUACUGCCUCCAACUUGAAGAUGAGAAUGGAGGAGGUGAGGGUUCCCGUUCCGGACAAGGAGGCAUUCCUCCUUGCAGCAGAAACGCUCUAAACCCCAGUGGGGCAACACCAAUUUCUGACAAAAGUGGCAACAAUGAUGAUUCCUCUUCAAACACUGGAGGAGGAGGCGGUGGAGGUGGGGAGCCUCAGUCAGACUGUGUUCGAGCCCGUUACCGGCCUGUAAGCGUGCGGCGUGCCAUCGGCACAGUGGUGAUUGCUGGCGUGGUGUGUGGAAUUGUUUGUAUUAUGAUGGUUGCCGCCGCAGCGUACGGCUGUAUCUAUGCGUCACUGAUGGCCAAGUAUCAAAGAGAGCUGAAGAAGAGGCAGCCGCUGAUGGGAGAUGGAGAGGCAGACGGGGAGGAUAGGGAGGAGAAACAGAUCUCCUCUGUGGCCUAGAGCAGUGCUGGGACAGGGGAGGGUUGGCAUGUCAGAGUGAAGGUUACAAGGGGGAAACAUUAAAAGGGCUCAAAGAGGAGAGAGAUGGAAGAGCUUUUUUAUAAUGCACACAGACAGUUAGGUAUCUCUCACUCUGAUUCUCAGACUGGCACCUUUUCCCCACUUUUUUACUCUUCCCCUUUUGUCCUCCUACUAUUCUCAAUCUUCCCCCUACUCCCUCACACACAUAUCUUAUCUGUUCCCUUAUUUUCUCUUCCAUUUGGAACCACUCUCAGUGCAGUAUGCUACCAGUCAUCCCUCCAACUCGCCUACCAACCACCUACUGCUGCUGUUGGCUGCUGCUGAAAUUACCAUUUUAUUGGCUGAGAGAAAAAUAAUUUGGUACUCUCUCUUUAGUAAGAAACAUAUCAUUUUAGCUGUAACAAGACACUCAAACUGUAAGGGAAACUAGAUUGAAUUUUCAGGGAUUUACAGUACAUAUGGUGUCAAAUGGACCAAUGCUCAAAGUGAUAUUUACUGCAGUGCUCGGCACUUGUUACGUUUGCAUCUCUGUCUCCUCCUCAACCUCUCCAAAGCCUGUGGUCCUCUCAAAAUCCAGGACCCCAAACCAGGACCCUUCAGCUUCCUCUGUCCUAAAUCUCUUCCUAUGUUCCCUUGGACCUUCAGCUCCCCAGUAAACAACCAGUACUGAGAAGCAUUAAAGAAGUGUGCAUAACUCAGUCUGAUGUGUUGAUGAGAACUCAAACACACACAAGUCUCCUGUUUUCUGGAUCAUCCUGGGACUACUCGGAUUCCUGAAGUGUGACAGACUGGGGCUGGGUAAUUCAACAAAUGAUCGCAUCAAUCAACUGAAUGGAAUACAAACUGUUCAACAGGAAGGAAAUGAUCUGUAUUUGUCAUUUUUGCUCAGAAACAGCGCUUGAUCACUUGAUCCUUGUUAUGUCUUUGUCAGUUUCUGGACAGAUUACAAGAUUCUUAUUGUGGAAAAGUAGCAAAAUAAUUUUUCUAGUAUUACUUGGACUUUGAGGCUCAAGAAGGUCUUCACAAGGGUUUUAAUACAGAUGUUGAGAUUUAAAGGACCACAGACUUUGCAUUAAAGGUACAAUUCUUUGUUAAGAGCUCAUUUUAAGACUGGCUUCACCCUCAUUCAGGUGAAUGUUUGCUACUACUAUGGCAUGUAAAAAAAAUCUCAGAGAGCCCUAAUUCCUAGUAAGGACUACUAAAAUUCAUCUAAGGACUACAAACUUCAGACUCCUGCACUUUAUUUCCCUCAUCAGAUACUGUCUAACCACCCUCUCUAUGUUCCCUUCCUUCUUUUUCUUUCUAAGACAGACAAUUUGCCCAGAGGGAUUAUAAUGAACAAGGGAUUAAACUAAAAGACGCUGCUAUUUUUCCCCAGAGUUCUACUCUAUCUCAUCCCUGUAUCUUGUUUUCCAUCUUUCCAUCCAGUGCUAUUUAUGGAGUGUUUUUCACACGCCCUUAAAGACUACUGUCUCAUUUCAUUCUUUCCAUCAGUUCCUUAUCCUGUAUUUCUCCUGAAAAGUCUCCAAUAUGCAAUGGAAGUUGUGUCACUGUAACAUUAAAAAAAUGGUAAAAUCCUUCUGUUGUCAAAUGUAAUUAUCUGUAAUCAUGACUUUAUGGUUUUGGUUGUGCAUUAGCUCAGUGCAUUCACAUCCAAAGAUAGUUUGUUUGCAUUACUUUGCAUUGAUGUAAAUCUUUAUUUAUUCUUUUAAAAUAUUAAUGUGAUGUUUUAACUUUAUGAUUUGCUGAAUUUAAGCACAUUUGAGUGUCCUGUGCUUUCAGAUGUCUAAAAAAAAUCAGGCUUUCAUUGCAUAUUGAUCUAAUAGUAAAACUAUUUGCCCUCUGAAUUAUAAAUUGGCUGGAAAUAAACUUAUAUUAAUAGUGUGUUCUCUUAUACCUGAGUAUGAUACAGAUAUAUAUUAUUAGUCAUUAAUAUGGUGUGUUGGCCCAGAGAUCCCAAAAAUGUUUUUUGAUGUAACUGUUUUACUGUUUUCUGUAUCAAUUCACAAAGUAUGUCUUCUGUUGUGUUUAUAACCUCUGUGUUGGUUUGUUUUCAGUAUAUUCGUAAUGUUUGUUUAUUUAUGUAAUGUUCUUGUUGAUUUAUUUGUGUUCAGUAGUUGAUAGUGUUUCUGCAAGAGGCAUAGAGAGAGUUUAGCCAGAGUGUGUUAAAAAGGUGACAUUUUGCUGCCCUAUUUCUGAAAUUUAUCAGGCUGAGAUUACUAAGCAAAGAAUCUGGCGACAUGUAGCCUUUCUGCUUUCACAGACUUUUCCUGUAAUGACCUUUAUCACCCAUGAAUGACUUCAUUUUGCAACUCAUACGAAAUAUUACAACAUGUUAACAUUUCUGGAGAAAUAUAUUACCCAUACAUUUUCAUUACAACAUAUUUUAUUUGGUUAUUAGAGGAAGACACUUACAGCUACAUUUAAGCGCUGAAAAUGUCUUGGUACAAACUUUUCUAUCACACUGACCUUCAUGUCCUGGCCUCUUUCCGUAAUUAUAACCAUUUUUUCUUGCAUCAAUAUAACACUCAACUGCAAUUUAUAUAAGUCUGGACAGGAUGUAUAAAAAACAUGAUGACAAGCAUGAUUAUUAGAUUCUCCUGUCCAGGAUUGGUUUUGUCGAGGUGCAACAAUUACAACCUUACUAAUAGACAGAGAGGAUGAGCAUGUAAAUUAAUUCUAUAUAGGUCGGAUUAACAGUCGGCAUCUUAAUGGUACAUUGAAUUUAGUUGAUUCUGAAAGACAAGAAUAAACACUGCAUGAACUUCACACAGAGACUGUGGUGCAGCAACAAAAUAGGUAAUGGCUAAACUCUGUCUAUACAUCAGGAAACACUGUCCUCUGACGCCUGGUCUCCAGAUAAUGUGCCGUUGGUAGCUAAGUAUCUUAGCUAGCUGAACCUGUUCCUAUAGCCUGUGCGUGUAAAGAAAAAUAAAUUAUAGUUUGUUACGUAAAACUGCAGCAGCCAUGAUGACUGAGGGCCUUACAGAUACACUGCCCAGAAACCUAUGGUGUGUUGUGUUAAAAUGAUGAUCGUGAUUAUGAUAAUGCUGAUAUGACGAUGAAGAAGCAUUUCCUGGUAAAUAUGCAUUGACUUCAAUAAAAACAUAUCACCCUUA